AUGACCGUAGUGGAUAUCGAGCCAAACUCGAAUGGCUUUGACUUCUCAAAUCAUUUGAGGAAUUCUCAUCUUACCUCCGCCUCUGGUCCGUCCAAGCUCUCGCUUCCCAAGGCCACCAGCACCGGAACGACGAUCGUAGGCUUGGUUUGGGAGGGUGGGAUUUGUCUUGGUGCUGAUACGAGAGCCACUGAAGGUCCUAUCGUCGCCGACAAGAAUUGUGAAAAGAUCCAUUUCAUUUCCGACAACAUCAGAUGCUGUGGUGCUGGUACUGCAGCAGACACCGAAUUCGUCACAGCAAUGAUCUCUAGCAACAUUCAGUUGCAUGCGCUCUCAACCGGGCGCCAACCUAGAGUCGUAACGGCAAUGACAAUGCUCAAGCAGCAUCUCUACAAAUAUCAAGGUCACGUCGGUGCUGCUUUGGUGAUCGGAGGGGUUGAUCCGACUGGACCCCAUCUUUUCACUGUUGCCCCACACGGUUCAACAGACAAGCUGCCAUACGUGACCAUGGGAUCAGGUUCGCUCGCAGCAAUGGCGGUGUUCGAAACAAAAUGGAAGCCGAAAAUGGCUCGUCAAGAGGCUAUCGAUCUUGUUGUUCAAGCCAUCUAUGCUGGAAUUUUCAACGAUCUUGGUUCGGGAAGUAAUUGUGACGUGUGCGUCAUCGAGGCCAGCGGUACUGAAAUGCUGAGAAACUAUGCCAUGCCAAACGAGAGAGUCGCGAAGGAACUCAACUACACUAUGCGUCGAGGUACCACCGCCUGGAUUAAACAAGACAUCAAAAAGUUAAUCGUUUCCGAAUCGGUUACUCGUAUCGGUGGCGGGGUGGUUGAAGGCGGACCAGGCACGGGUGCUGGCGCCGCAGAGGGCAUGGAAUUGGAUAAAUAA